UCCACACUCUUCUGUUGUUGUUGUUGUCGUUUUGGUUUUCCAGACAGGAUUUCUUUGUGUAUCCCUGGCUGUCCUGGUCUCACUCUGGAGAUCAGGGUGUAGUCUUGCCUCUGUAUUUAGCCUCAUGACCCCACUACUGUGGUCUGUGUCCCCUCUGGCACUUCCAUGCUUAUAUGGAUAGGCGGUGGCAUCUCCUUGAUAGUAGGGUGGGGAUCUCCCUUGAAAUGUGCGGGACCAGGGGCCAGAAGACAACCUGAGCACCCUUAGUCCAUUACCCAGGCGAGGAAGCAGAGACAUUGGCAGGUUAAAUGCCUUGUUCAAGGCGGUGUGGAUGUCUAGGAUGAGGGCAAGAGCGUGUGGCUAAGAGUACUUUUCCUGUGUCUGUGUUGAUGUCUCUGUCCUCUCUCUCCUCCAGCCUCUCUGUCUGUUAGUCAUGGCCUCCCGACUGAUUGCUUAAUUAGACAAAGAAGAAAGCAAGGGAGAAGAAAUUUCUUAGUGGAAAUUUGGUUUCCUGCUUCUUGGCCAACGUCCGUUGUGUGUGCCGCUUUGGCAGGUUUAUUUCCUAGCCCCUUCCUCUCAGCCAGUGUAGAGCCCAGGCGGAGACUGCUUGAGUAAAACCCCUCAGACCGCAGCCUCUGCAGCAAGAGGUGGCACUGCCUGUGAGGAGGAGAGCCAGAGGAGGCCCCAGGUCUCGCAGGCCACAUCUUGGGAGGCUGAGGGGACUUGUGAAGUUGGUGACAGACUUUGUUCUUCUGGGCGCUCCAGGGCUGGGUUGGCUCUGUAGCCCACAGGCACACAAGCAUUUGGAAGAUGCUCCUAGCGGCAAUGUGCUUGGCCCUUCUGGGCUGCCUACAGGCGCAGGAACUCAAGGGUCAUGUUUCCAUAAUCCUGCUGGGAGCAACCGGGGACCUAGCUAAAAAGUAUCUGUGGCAGGGACUGUUUCAGCUAUACCUGGAUGAGGCUGGGAAGGGCCACAGUUUCAGCUUCCACGGUGCUGCCCUGACAGCCCCCCAGCAAGGCCAGAAGCUCAUGGACAAGGCCUUGGAAUCCCUCUCCUGUCCCAAGGACUUGGUACCCAGCCGCUGUGAUGAACUCAAGGGCCAGUUUCUACAGCUGAGCCAAUACCGCCAGCUGAAGACAGUGGAGGACUAUCAGACCCUCAACAAGGACAUUGAGACCCAGGUCCAGCAGGAUGGGCUCUGGGAGGCAGGCAGGAUCUUCUACUUCAGUGUGCCGCCCUUUGCCUACGCAGACAUUGCCCGUAACAUCAACAGCAGCUGCCGACCACACCCAGGUGCCUGGCUACGGGUUGUUUUUGAAAAACCCUUUGGCCAUGACCACCUCUCAGCCCAGCAGCUGGCUUCAGAACUUGGAAGCUUUUUCCAGGAGGAGGAGAUGUACCGUGUGGAUCAUUACCUCGGCAAGCAGGCGGUGGCUCAGAUCCUGCCCUUCCGAGAUCAGAACCGCAAGGCCUUGGAUGGCCUCUGGAACAGGCACCAUGUGGAGCGGGUGGAGAUCAUCUUGAAGGAGACCAUAGAUGCGGAAGGUCGGGCCAGUUUCUAUGAGGAGUAUGGCGUCAUCCGUGACACGCUGCAGAACCACCUGACUGAGAUCCUCACGCUGGUGGCCAUGGAACUGCCCCUCAACAUCAGCAGCUCAGCCGCCGUGCUCCAGCAUAAGCUCCAGGCCUUCCAGGCCCUGCGGGGGCUGCAGAAGAGCAGUGCCAUCCUGGGCCAGUACCAAGCGUACAGCGGGCAGGUGCGCCGAGAGCUGCAGAAGCCAGACGGCUUCCAGAGCCUGACACCAACCUUCGCAGGUGUCCUUGUCCACAUUGACAACCUGCGCUGGGAGGGUGUCCCUUUCAUCCUGAUGUCUGGCAAGGCCUUGGAUGAGAGAGUGGGCUAUGUUCGGAUUGUGUUUAAGAAUCGGGCGUACUGCACCCAGAGCGAGAGACACUGGGUGCCGGAGCAGAGCCGGUGCCUGCCCCAGCAGAUUAUCUUCUACAUUGGACACGGCGAGCUGGGCCACCCUGCCAUUCUGGUCAGCCGGAACCUGUUCAAGCCCUCACUACCCACUCAGAGCUGGGAGGAGGUGCAGGACCAGCCUGGGCUCCACCUGUUUGGCCGUCCUCUGUCUGAUUACUACGCCUACAGGCCUGUGCGGGAGCAAGAUGCCUACUCCACCCUCCUGUCGCACAUCUUCCACUGCCGAAAGGAGUCCUUCAUCACCACAGAGAACCUCUUGGCCUCCUGGGUCUUCUGGACCCCGUUACUGGACAGCCUGGCCUUUGAAGUUCCACGCCCGUACCCAGGGGGAGCCGAGAAUGGCCAGCUGCUGGACUUUGAGUUUAGCGGUGGUCAGCUGACCUUCUCCCAGCAGCAGCUGGAGGUGCUGAUACCAGAUCUAGUCUCAGUCCCAAAGCCCAGUGACUUCCAGGUCCUCGGGGCCCAGUAUAGACAGAGCCCACUGAUUACUGCCUGGCCAGAGGAGCUGAUCUCUAAGCUGGCCAGUGACAUUGAAGCUGCCGCGGUGCAGGCAGUACGUCUCUUCGGCAAGUUCCACCUGGCACUGUCAGGCGGUUCAAGCCCCAUAGCUCUCUUCCAGCAGCUGGCCACAGGGCAUUACAGCUUCCCCUGGGCCCACACACACCUCUGGCUGGUUGAUGAGCGCUGUGUCCCUCUCUCAGAUCCAGACUCCAACUUCCAGGGCCUGCAGGCUCACCUGCUACAGCACGUCAGGGUACCCUACUACAACAUCCACCCGAUGCCAGUGCACCUGCACCAGCGGCUCUGUGCCGAGGAGGACCAGGGAGCUCAGACCUAUGCCAGUGAGAUCUCAGCCCUGGUGGCCAACAGCAGCUUCGACCUGGUGCUCCUAGGCAUGGGCACCGACGGACACACGGCUUCUCUGUUCCCACAGUCCCCCACAGGCCUGGAUGGUGAUCAGCUGGUGGUGCUGACGGAGAGCCCGUUCAGGCCACACCAACGCAUGAGCCUCAGCCUGCCCCUCAUCAAUAGAGCCAAGAAGGUAGCUGUCCUGGUCAUGGGCAGGACAAAACGUGAGAUCACAACGUUGGUGAGCCGCGUGGGCCACGAACCCAAGAAGUGGCCCAUCUCAGGUGUGGUGCCUCUUUCUGGGCAGCUGAUUUGGUACAUGGAUUACGAGGCCUUUCUGGGAUGACAGCACCAUCAUCCUGGUCUUUCUCAGCCUUCCUCUUUAGCUGCUCACUGUGCCUCGCUGUGUGGAGCCUGGCUGGUACCAGAGUCGGGCCCCAGAGAAGGGAGGACAAAACUCCAUGCCGGCUUCCUGGACCCGCUGGUUCUGGGGAAUUUCGGUGCCUGCACAUGGAAACAGGCUAGAGCUCUGGCCUCAAAACCCAGAUAGGAGAGGGACUAAGGCCUCCAGCAGUUACACACCGGUAGCUAAACACACAGUAAGACUGGGCGAAGGCUCCACGCUAAAGAACCAAAGUGGCCUGCCAAGACUGGCCUGUGAUCUUCAAACUGGUUUCUGUGGAAAGAGGGGCCAGUGUUGAUGGGGAGCAAGGUGCAGAGACUCCUGGUGAAUGUCUUGCUCUGAGCCAGGCCAGCAGAGUAGACACAAUCCUGAGACUGCCCCGGGCACCUUGCCUCUUCUGGUAUCCCAUCAUCCCUCUGUGCAUCUAGCUGAGAUCCAGCCCUCCUCCGGACAGCUUCCGUCUACUCUGGGCGGACACCCACUGUCCUCAGUAUUCCCCAUUACCCCCCAGCCUCUCCCUCUCUACAGACACAGACACUGCCAUGUCAAAAGUUCCCCCAGAUCCAGAGACCGGGGCUCCCUUUUCCCACUGAGAACUGUUCUGCUGUCACUGGGCUAUCGGGCAUCUCUGAUCUAACUAGACUGGAGGGCUCUGUCUGCUCCUGGGUUGGGGGGGGGGACUCCAGAUCACAGCCUCUUUCUAGGGCUUAUGUGGCCAAUUGCCAGCAUCAGAGCAGACUACAGCUAGCUCUCCUCACACUACCUCUCUGGCUUCAAGUCUGGCAGCAACCCCUCCUCUGCCGGGCAUCUCCACCAUUCUUACUGAUGAACCUAGUACCACUGGGAACACUACAGGCAGCUCCUAACUUCAGUCCCCUCCAGGGCCAACAACAUAAACAUUUCAGGGCACAUACAGUUUUUAUUUAGGCCUCCUGCUUAGUCAUGUGAACAAGGGAAGGGUUAGGAUGGCCCGUCCUCACAGUCACCUAUGUGUCAGUCACAGAGUCUCCGUGUCUUUCAGAAUUUCCCCAUAGAGAGGUUUCCUGUGAUGAGGAGCAUCAGGAAAUCUGUUUCUCUCCUUUUUUAAAAUUUUUAUUAUUAUAUGUAAGUACACUGUAGUUGUCUUCAGACACACCAGAAGAG